AUGGGAUGGAGCGGACAACAACCACAAUCACAACAGCAGCAGGAAACUGGAGUGAUUCGGGGGGAAGCGGAGAAGUGAAGAGGGUCCAACGUGAAACCUAGAAUCCUGUUCAGUGGCGAUACUUUUAGUUGAGGGAUGUCUCCUAAUCUAAGAUGGACUCCAAGUUACCAUACAACGGUAUAAGAAGCAAGAACCACACAUUUCUCGCCACAGAUGGUCACUGCACUCUACACGCCGCGGACAUACAACCAUAUCCGGACAAUGAUCCAAUGAGAACGGAAGGCAAGGCAGAGAGCAAACGAGCCAAACAGCGUAAAAUGACUGAGUCCUUUACGCAUAAGCCACCCCCAACCUCAUCUCUCCCUAAGCGGAGCGGUUUGCUCAACUUGGAAUUUGCGGGUCCGUGGCGCAACACAUAUGGCUCGGAAUAUCCCGACUUCUUUCCUCCAGAUGAAGCCUUGUGGGGCGUGAGACUUUCUGACGUUCCCUUGUCGGGAUAUGUGACGCUCCUCCCUUGUAUAGCAGCAGGCAUCCAUGAACGAUUUGGGAUGGAGGUGCGGAAGAGAAGGGAGACGCACACCCUCAGACGCGCACAGUCAGAGGAAAGCGGUGGGAGAGAUGCAGGAUGGAUGGACCAACAAGACAGCAAAAACGACUACAAGUUGUACUACGGAACGGCUGCGGUUGCCAAGUCGAUCUCCCGCCGCAUCAUCAUGUUGCCCGGAACGCGAGUCAUGUCUUUUCGGUAUAGUGGUACGGCUCUGAGUACGAAAAAGAUAUAUUCCGUGGUAGACUUGGGCUCGUCACGCCUUGCCUUGGCUUUUCCCUACGGAGACGCAUCCUUAUCGAACGAGGAGUGGAGAGACUAA